UAAGCGCUCAAUAAAUGCGACCGCAUGAAUGAAUGAAGGCCUCACAGCCCUUGAGCUGCUCCGUCACGAGCGCUUACUGUGCGCUACGCGCUUGGGACUACCAGGGUCGGUAGACGACACGUUCUUUGCCCGCGUCGGAGUCUAGAUGGGGAUAUCGGUUGGACGGCCGGCUUCGGGCUGGAGACGAACCCUCUCCCCCCCCCCCAGUUGCCUCAGUUUGGCCGCCGGCAAGGGAGGGGGCUGAAACUGGAAACAGCUGGGCCCCAGAUUCCCACCCAUCAGGGGUUGAGAGACAGGAAAUGACUCCAGCGGAUCACAUGAUGAACAGCCAGCCAGGACUCUUUUUGACCCCUUCUCGGACUCGGCUUACCUCUCGGGAGCUAGGUGCCUUCCUCCCCGACGGAUCCGAUCCCCGUCCCUGCCGCCUCCUCCCUCCGCUACCUCGCCAGAGGCGCGAACCUCCCCCGGACCCGACCCGAGCCGCCUUGGUUCCUGUCCCGGGACCCAGGCGUCGCGGCGGCCCCCCUAACGGCAUGCGGCCGGGCCCCGUUCCCGGCCCCCGUGAGUCACUCGGGCCUUGCGGUGGGACCGACCCACCCCUUGGCAGCCUCCGGCCGGAGGGCCGGGAGGUGAGGUCAGCGCUUGGGGUAUAAAGCCACCGCCGGCCCGGAUAAGCGUGAAAUCGGGAGACCGCAAGGAAGACGAAGAAGAAGGCACCUGGAAACCCCAAGCCUUCCGCCCCUCGGACCUCUCCCGGAAUUCCCGCCGAAUCCCGGGCCGGACCGCGGGCACCAUGCUCCUGUCCACCUGCCUGCUGUCCCUCCUGACGGCCAGGGCCCUCUCCAUGCGGGGGACGGAGGACGACGGAGCCGAUCCGCCGGCGUCCCCGCCGCCCCGGCCGGUCCCCUGCGACUACGACCGCUGCCGUCACCUGCAGCCGCCCUGCAAGGAGCUGCAGCGGCUCGGCCGGCAGCCCUGCCUCUGCCCGGGCCUCUCCAGCCCGAACCAGCCCCCGGACCCUCCCCGGCUCGGGGAGGUCCAGAUCUGGGCCGAGGAAGGACGGGCCCUCGUGCACUGGUGCGCCCCGUCAUCCCCGGUCCGGGAAUAUCGGCUGCAGUUUUGGGAGGCCGGCGGCGGCCGCAGGAGAGGCCCCGCUCUCAACAGCAGCCUCCGCCAGGCCCAGCUGUCGCCCCUGCAGCCCGGGACCUCCUAUGUGGUGUGCGUCGUGGCUCUGAACGACGCCGGGGAGAGCCCCACCGUCCACGGGGACGCGGAAGGCUUCCGGGGGCCGGGAGAGGCCGAGCCAUUCGGGCCUUGUCGCGCCAUCUCCGUGCCCCCUCGGCCCCAGACCUACGUCCACGUGGCGGUCGGAAUCGGGGUGGGGUUGGCCUCGGUGAGCUGCCUCGCCCUGCUCUGGCACUUCUGUCUCCGGGAUCGCUGGGGUUGCCCGCGCCGGGGCCGCCGUCCCGCUUCCAGGGACGCCCGGGGCCCCUAGGGCCCACGGGCCGAGGCGGGGACCGCGUCCGGGACGGAUGCCGCUGGCUCCGACUUUCGGGCGCCCCGGCUUCGGAGGAGAGCGAUGACCGCCCUGAUCUUACCUGGGUAUCAUCAUCAAUCGUAUUUAUUGAGCGCUUACUAUGUGCAGAGCACUGGACUAAGCGCUUG